AUAUCCAUUUGAUUGAUUUAGUUUAUCUGUCCGUUAGCAACACGUAACAAACGAAACCGCCCAAAGAACACACAACAUUGAAGGAGACAGGUGUUGAGGGGUAACCCACUCCCACAAACAAUUCAAGAGAAUAUCACUCUUUCCAUGAUCCUAUGGAUUCUUCCAAAAAAGAAGAGAAAAUGGUAUUGCCCUUCCCAAGAACAAGAAGAGCACAUUAGUCCUCGCUUCGAUGUGCAGGUCCAAAAAAAGCACAAGCGUCAUAGAACCUAAGAACAGGAACAUGAACAGGAAUAAGCGAUCAGCAACCUUAGCAACAUCUUCAUCUUCCACCAGCGAUGUCCCCAUCACUGAAUCAAGAAGCUACGUCUUCGACAAUACCAACAGAAAAGAAUGGUCCAAAUCUUCUUCCGUUUCGAGCCGCACCUCUCUCACUAGUCUCAGAGACACUCUCCCCGAAAACCCUCACAUCUACCACUUCUCCGAGAUCUCUGCCGCCACUUCUAAUUUCUCCGACCACCGCCUCUCCUCCUCCUCCUGUCGCUGUUCAAUUCGCAACCGCGAAGUCGUCGUUUUCAAGCGCAAGUUCCGCCGCCACAUGGACAUGCCGGAGCUCACCCACCGCCUCGCCCUCAUCUGCCGGAGCCACCACAGCAGCCUCGUCAAACUCCUCGGAGCCUCCGUCUCCGGCAACUACAUUUACCUCGUGUACGAGUUCAUCCCCGGCGCUAGCCUCGCCGAUUGCCUUCGUAAUCGCCUGAACCCUAGCUUCACCGAUCUCAACAAUUGGAUCUCGAGGAUGCAGAUCGCCGCCGAUCUCGCUCACGGCCUCGAUUACAUUCACAAUUCCUCGGGUUCCGAUUCGGGUUUCGUCCACAACCACAUCAAGAGCUCCAGCAUCGUCGUCGCCGAGGAGAAUUUGGGCGCCAAAAUCUGCCACUUCGGCACGUCGGAGCUCUGCGGCGAGGCCGUCGAGGUUGCCGGGAACCCGUCCGGAUCGGAUUCCGGCGGGGGAUUGAGGAGGUCCGGUAGCCGGACGGUGAAGUUCGAGGGGACGAGGGGGUACAUGGCGCCGGAAUUUCAGUUCACCGGCGUGGCGACGCAGAAGAGCGAUGUGUACGCUUUCGGAGUUGUGGUUUUGGAGCUUCUGAGCGGGGAAGAAGCGUUGAAGUUCGAAUUUGACGGCGACGGCGGUGACGGAGGAUACAGGAGGGUGAGCGUGGUGGAUACGGCGAGGGCCGCGGCGGAGGAAUACGGAGGCGCGAGGAAGUGGGUGGAUAAGAGGCUGAGGGAUUCGUUUCCGGUGGAGGUGGCUGAGAGGAUGAUUCGGGUCGGGUUGGAGUGUGUUAGGGAUGACCCGAAUGAGAGGCCGGAUAUGGGUCGGAUCUCGAAUGAGGUGUCGAGGUUGUACUUGGAAUCGAAGAAGUGGACAGAGAAAAUGGGAACUAACAUUGACUUUUCGGUCUCCUUGGCCCCCAGGUGACCCAAGCUUUUGCUGAUUCAGAUUUUGUACGCCAACAUGCAGAUUUAAAAAAGAAGAUGAAGAAGAAAAUCUUGGUGCCACUGAAAUUUCCGCUUUGAUAUCAAUUUGGUUAAUAUAAAAGAAAGGGUCAGAUUAGAAAAACUCACCAAUUUUAUAAAUGUUUGUGUUAUGCUGAAUUUAGAUAGGGUGCUAUUGGGGACGGUGGUC